AUGUCUCUAGAGGCUGGUGGAAAUGCACUCUUCAUUCGAGCACGUAACUCUCCCAAUUAUUUUUUGACGGCAACUGAUGAUAGUUCAGGAUCUAAAAUCGAAAGUCAAGAGCGUGAUUUGGAUCGUCUUCAGUCUUGGAUUUUAAAGAAAAUCAGCGAUAGUAAAUACGCAAUUUGUUGCCUAACCAGGGGAGCUGAUUUUCUUGCCAUUACCUGCAAUGAUGAGGGUAAAGAUUAUACCUUGACAACAUAUGACAAAACAUCAAAUUCUCAACAAUUCUCUAUCAACAUAUCCAAUUCAAUUGCAAUCUUUACAGAUAAAAAUGGUAAAUCAGCGUCUACUUCUAAUUCUGACUUUAAAUCUGAUGAUACAAUCGGUUCAUAUGAUAAAGAUAUCAAAGAAUGGAAGUUAAUCCAAGUUUAUCCUUAA